AUGCGUCCACUCUGCUGCCUCCCUGAGCUCGUCGGGAGCGCCGCUGCACUCACUGUGAGCUUCUACGUCUAUUCCCCCUUCUCCCUGGCUCUCUCCCCUCCCGCUAACACCGAUGCCGUCGAGCCCGAGAGCUUGGCUCCGCCGGCCAUGUCGCCGCCGUGGCCACCAUUGCCCAGAGCUGCAACCGAGCACAUAGUCAUGCUCAGUGCACCCCCAGGAGGCCGUAGCACCCCUCCUUGCCACCUACCGUGCGCCCUAAUGCCGAACCCGAGCACGCCCGAGCUCCGGCCGCCGCAGCCGAGCUCGUGGCCGUCGUCUCCGGCCAACCCCAGCUCCCGCCGUCUGCUCCAUCAGCUGCGCGCGAGCAGCAGCUCUUCGUAG